AUGCAGCUACGAAGAAGUACUCGUCUCCGCACUACUAAUUCGGAUAAAGACACAGACACAGAUCAUAUAUCAGACGAUGAGUUAGUCCCAGCAUUAAUCCCAACUCUACCGGUGAUGGAUAAAAGGAUUCGUGAAAACGUUAAUUGUAAUGAUAUUGGCAGUACUUCCGGUCCAAAUCUUCAUGUUAAAGAAGCACGCAUCAAACAACCACUCCCGACUUCUGAGUGUCUACCGGAUCCCAACAUAGAAAUUGAUGAGAAAUUUAUACAAGAAUUCGACACAGUCAUACAACAGCAGACAAAGCUAUUCUACAAGAAUCUAUCAUCUCCUCAAUAUGUGAAUUAUAACUCCUUGGAGAUCUUCAAAUCUCCUGAAGAUAAAACUAAUUUGGAGAAUAUUUCGAGGCAGUUGUCAGAGUUGCUACCCAUCCUGAACAGAGACACCGAUGCUGAACUAAAAACUUUACUUCAACGUAUAAAAGAAGAGGAGCAUGAAGCUCACGAUAAAUCAUCGACUUCACCUGACAGCUCUCUACUAAAUCUACUUGAGUACCAACCUAAUGUGACGGAAACGGAUGACUCAAAGCUUAUACAGGAAGUUGCCAAAAUACACAAAAUCAAUAUUUCUGACAUUUCAGAGAUGCUGAUCACUCAACAAUCUAGGCACUUGAAAAGAUCUUUAAGCUCAGUGUCGAAUCAGUCAAAAAAACAAGAUAUAUCAUUAGUCAUAAACAAAUGUACCCGCCUUUUAACUAAGGAAAGGGACCAUGCUUUACCGUGGCCUACUAAGAAAAGAAAGAAAAAUAGUAAUCUCAUUGAUAGCAUUGGACGCAACGCUAAUCAAAAUUCUCAUGAGAAUAUUCCACUUAUGUCAUGA